ACAGGAGAGAAACCUUUUGGCUGUGAUCAAUGUGGGAGGAGUUUUACUCUGCUACAAAACCUGAAAUCACACCAGAGAAUACACGCUGGAGAGAAACCUUAUGGCUGUGAUCAAUGUGGGAAGAGUUUUUCUCGGCCAAGCAACCUCAAAUCACACCAGAAAAUACACACUGGAGAGAAACCUUAUGGCUGUGAUCAAUGUGGGAAGGGUUUUACUCUGUCAAGCUGCCUGAAAUCACACCAGAGAAUACACACUGGAGAGAAACCAUAUAGCUAUGAUCAUUGUGGGAAAAGUUUUGUUACAGCUAGCCAACUGACUGUACACCAGAGAACACACACAGGACAGAAACCUUUUAGCUGUAAUCAAUGUGUGAAGAGUUUUGUUACAUCUAGCAAUAGGACUGUACACCAGAGAAUACACACAGGAGAGAAAUCCUAUAGCUGUAAUCAAUGUGGGAAGAGUUUUACUCAGUCAAGCAGCCUGAAUAGACACCAGCAAACACACACAGGAGAGACAUCUUAUGGCUGUGAUCAAUGUGGGAAGAGUUUUGUUUCAUCUCAAAAUUUGAAGGUACACCAGAGAACACACACAGGAGAGAAAUCGUUUAGUUGUGCUCAAUGUGGAAAGAGUUUUACUUGGCUUUACAGCCUGGAAUCACACCAGAGACCACAUACGGGAGAGAAAUCUCAUAGCUGUUUUCAAUGUGACAAGAGAUACUCUGAUAAAAGAUCUCUGAUCAAACAUCAGAAAAUACAUACAUGAAGGAGUUGUUUCAUGAUAUCAAUGAAAUAAUGUCACAAUGUAGAAUG